AAUGGCGACGUGACUGACAGCGAGAAGGUUUAUCUGUCACAGACACAGUAUAUUUGCCCUGUUUGCGGGGAAUGUUUUAAUGGGAGCUCCUGCCUCGUGGAGCACCAGAGGGUUCACAAGGAGGAGAAGCUGCGACCCUGCCCUGUCUGUGGGAAAGGUUACAACCAGGAAGCUGACUUGGUGGCCCACAUGCAGAGUCACACGGACGAGAAGCCCUUCUCUUGCCUCGAGUGCGGGAGGAGCUUCCUCUUCAGCUCAGACCUGGUGGCCCAUCAAAAGGUCCAUACUGGGGAGAAACCUUACAUCUGUCUGGAGUGCGGGAAGGGCUUCUCCCAGAGUUCCCAGCUGAUGUCCCACCGCAGAGUCCAUACUGGGGAGAAGCCCUACGAGUGCAUUAUCUGCCAGAAGAGCUUCCGUUCCAACUACGACCUAGUCAACCAUCAGAGGAGCCACACCGGAGAGAAACCUUACAUAUGCUCUGACUGCGGGAAGAGCUUCACACGCAGCUCCCACCUCAUUUCCCACCAGAGGGUCCACACCGGCGAAAGACCCUACCCUUGUGGGAUCUGCGGGAAGCGUUUCCGGGACUGCUCCCAUCUCAUCCGGCACCAGAGGGUCCACACGGGUGAGAAACCGUACGAGUGCUCCAUUUGUGGGAAGAGCUUCCGGGUCAAUUACGACUUAGUCACCCACCAGAGGAACCACACAGGAGAAAAACCUUACGAAUGCCCCGAUUGCGGGAAAGGCUUCAAGCGGAGUUCGCACCUCAUCUGCCACCAGAGAGUCCAUACUGGAGAAAGGCCGUAUCCCUGCGGCAUCUGCGGGAAAAGCUUCAGCUACAGCUCGGACCUCAUUAAGCACCAGAGAAUCCACACGGGGGAGAAACCUUAUGAAUGUCACAUCUGCGGGAAGAGCUUUCGGAUCAACGCAGACCUGGUCACUCACCAGAGGAUUCACACCGGAGAGAAACCUUACACCUGCUCGGAUUGUGGGAAAUGUUUUGCCCGGAGCUCACGCCUGGUGUCCCACCAGAGAGUCCAUGUGAAGGAUGGGACCUUGGGAACGUCUCUUUCCGAAACUGAGUUAACCCAGCCGGGAGCAGCUACCGUGUCCCCAGCUCCUGAGCACCCUUGGGCCAAUGAGGAGAAGUUGGUCCCAAGUGAGCCUCUGGCUCUGACCAGCCUGGGAACUUCUACUCAGUUUGCCCUUGGUGAUGCUCCUCAGGCUGGCCGUGUGAGUGAAAUAAAGACAGAGUGCAGGAGCUGAGAGGCAAGGAAACUAGAAGGGGAAACAUUUUCUUUCCAAUAACAAAGUGGUGUACAGAAUCCGGGGUCCCUUGCCCGUUUUAAUUAGCCUUCAUGGAAAGUUUGUUUGGUCAAACAAGAUACAGUCCAUGGCUUCUCUCCCUCUCCCUCCCUCCAGUGUGCAUAUUGAAGGAUGAAUGGGUUGACCCAAGGAAGAAUGAAGUGUUUGCACCCGCAGCAUGGUCUCUCCAGCCAUAUUUAAACUAAAAGCCAUUUUGACAUGGGCUGGCUUGGCUUCCCCAAAGAAAUUCUUGGAAAUACAGCUUGUUGAGAAUUCUUGAUUAAAAAAAUGUAGAGGUGUGAGAGGAAGUAUAUAAAAACGGAUGUAAUGUUGGAACCCGUCCAAAAUAUAUAUUUAUUGAUGCAAGCUAAAAAAAACAAGCAAAAACGGCACUGCUGUGUAUGGGUUGCCUUGAAAUGACAAAUGGAGCAAAAAAAUAUAUAACCAAAAUUAGUGUUUAUUGUAGGAAAGUGUUUCCUUUAAAAUAAUGCAAAGUAAUAAUCUCUCAUCCAUCAUGGUGGUUUUUAAAGAAAUGCAUACAACCCUAGGGUUUAUUUGCUCUGUUCCUCAGUGCAAAGCCAUGACUUUUUAAGAAUAUACUGAACACUCAACAUUUCUUUUAAAUACAGUCUCCUGCUUUUACGGAAACAUUCUGUGGUUUAUUAUCUUCUAACAAUUUAUCUCCUAUGCUUGUGUAUGCGUAUUUUUUAAUAAAAACAUUGUUGCUAUAAUAAAAAUGCUUUAGUUGGGUAGAAUAAAGCUUUAAGUCAUUUUAUAACAUGAUUUAACUUAAUUUAUAAGCCAUGAUCUUUUUGAUCGACUACUCAUACAAAGAGGGAUGCCCGUUGGAUGCAAGGGCAGUUUUGCUUAUUAUUUCUCCCUCCCAUUUCUCAUGAAGAAGCUGUACAGGCCCUCCACUGUAGCCUUUCAACUAGGCAUGUCCCUGUUUCUGUCAAGGGGCACAAUUGUGGUGGAUUUUCUGCAGGAGUUGCAGUAAAGGUGUCUCUCCAUUAGGUCUUAUCUCAUGGUGCAUUUAAAUAAAACUUGAGGAAUUUCAAUCCAGCUCUCUAAAGCAUAAACCAAGUAUGAUGCGAAGGGUUGUUGUGUCCAUAUGUGUGAAAUGUUUAUGCUCUUCCCUGGACAUUCACCACUGAUUUCUUCUUUUUUAUUGUACUCCUUCUAUUCAUUAAUCUUCUUGGUUUGUUUGUUUGCCUGAAAUCUCAAAACGUUCACUCACCAGUCUUCCUGAAGGGAAGAUAGGGUGCUGGUAACAGAUUUAGUCAACUUUGGGUGCAGCCAUAUCUGGGCUUGAUUGUGAGUAGAUGUGCUUGGGACUGUACUUAUAUUUUUAUAGCAGCUAACAAAUUGAUUGUGAGAACUGUCAGUAGUUGCAGCCGUAAGUCCCAUCCCAUAGCCGUAGGCCAUGAAGAAAUUACAAGCAAGGCUGAUGUAUUCAGCAUUUUAGUAAUGCCUACCAGUUUUUUUUUUAAGUCGGAGAAAGAGGCUCUAAACAAUGUCCAUAUCUAUAGUGCCUAGAUUCACACAUCUCUCCCUCAACUGCAAUUUUAUUUAUUGAUCAAGCCAUAGCACACUAGGUUCACACAUUGUCCAGUCUUAAACUGUGGUUGAGAAACCACCGCAACAAUAAUAGAUGGUUUCACACAACUUACUAAAACAAUAUCAUCUGCAUUACCGGUUAAAUAAAAACCCAGUGAGUCAGAAUUCUUCCUUGUUGCACAAAAUCCCCAAUAUCUUAGCUAAUGGUUUUUGUGGUCUUGCUUUUAGAGAUAGUCUUCAAUUUACAACCUUAAUCUGAGCCUUGAAUUUCUGUUGUAUAUCAUGACAAUUAUAAGUUGAGGCAACCAUGUGGCUGACAUGAUUUUAGAACAUUUUUUUACGGCAGUCAUUAA